AUGUUGACUCCGACACUCGUUUUCUGUUUCGUUUGGCUUUUUUGUCUUCUUCGGCAGUCGGCCGCGCAAGAGUACCAGCUUUUCCACUCUCGACCAGAACUCGUUCCACCUAUCUUACAGGUCGACGUCUUGAAAGAGGGCGCCACACCUGGAUAUAUUUUCGUGGCUCCGCAUCAUAUCGGACGAUCCGGAGCGGCCAUCUAUGACAAUCAUGGCCACCUGAUCUGGACCAGUUUGUCCUCAAUGGGAGGCGGCAACAUGCACUCAUUCAAGGUGUGUCGGUACAAGGGCAAGGAUCAUCUCUGUUUCUUCCGUGGUGAAUCGUGGUCUACCUUCUACGCCGGCGACGUCCACAUCUACAGCAACGAGCUGGUGCCGGUGGCGACGGUCAAGUCGCAAAAUGGCCGACCUCCAAUCGACAUGCACGAGUGCAAUCUGGUGGACGAUGGCCGGUCUAUGAUUGUGGAUAUCUACCAAGUUGAACGAUACGAUCUCAGCCAAUAUGGAAUCACGGAAGGUGAAGGUUGGAUCCGAGACGGACUGUUCCAAAAGAUCGACGUGGAGACUGGUGAAUUGCUGUUUGAAUGGUCUGCCCUUGACCACGUCAACCCGUCCGAGUCGUACGUACCAGUAGGCAGCACGUCUGGAGCCGCGGGCGGCAAUGGCUUGGAUGCUGGCGGGGCGUGGGAUUUCCUCCAUCUCAACGCGGUGGAUCAAACUCCCGAGGGCGACUAUAUCAUAUCGUGUCGGCAUACACAGACCAUCUACAAGAUCAGUGGGAAGGAUGGACAUAUCAUCUGGCGGCUUGGGGGCAAGAAGUCGGAUUUCAAAUUACAAUCGGGCGUCCUGUUCGGCUACCAACAUCACGUUCGAUGGCGAUGGUCCAAUGCCACCACGGAAAUCAUCACGCUCUUUGACAACGCCUAUGAUGGGUUCCACAAGAGCGCGCUCAGGUCAUCCGGCAAGAUGAUCAAGUUGGAGUAUGACACGACGCCUCCACGAGCCAGCCUGAUGUCGGUCUUCUACGGUCCCAAGGACAUGGACCUCGCAGCCACGCAGGGCAGUGUGCAAUUAUUGGGAGAGCACAAGGACGUGACCAAGGCAAACGUCUUUUUGGGCUGGGGCCAACAGCCCUACGUGACCGAGCACCUGCCCACGGGUGAGAUUGUGUUCCAAGCCAAGAUCAACGCCAGCGGCGCCAAUAUCUACCGAUCAUACAAGUUCAACUUUACAUCAAACCCGAUCGAUAACCCGGCUCUAUACACCUACGCGUUGAGCGCCAGUGCUCCCAUAACCAUGUUCUACAUGUCAUGGAAUGGCGCGACGGAAGUGGCUCAAUGGCGCAUGUAUGGCCGACAAAGCUGUGAUGCCGAAUGGACCAAUUUGGGCACCGUCAACAAGACCGGGUUCGAGACCAGCUUCAACGCCCCUGGGCAUUGGUCUUUUGGUAUGGUCGAGGCCCUGGACAAGAACGGCAAGUCGCUCCGCAAGUCGGCAGACAACGGCGUCAGGACGUUUGUUCCGUCUCCGCUCCUCGCACAGAACUGCGAUCAGUCCGGGUGUAAGAAUGCCAAGGGUCGUGGUGAAGCGACGGCAGAGAUGUCUAAUGUCGUCCGGGGCGGAUGUCCAGUCACGCCGAAGAAGGCGCCGACUCGUGCCCAGGGACUGCUGCAGAGACUGAGCUUUAUGGGUGCCCGUUCCUCCUUGGGCGGCCUUCUCGUCUUUGCUGCGUGGCUUGUCGGCAUUGUCCUUGGUGGAGCGGGUUGUUAUUUGUAUUUCUGCACUGGCUUUUUCAAGUCCCGCUCGGCCUCGCAUACUUUGAUCCCUCAAUCAGAUCCGGAUUUUGAACCAGGACCGGCGAUGGUGGAGAUGCCCAUGAUUACGAAAUAG